AUGGUCAUCGCCCAGUAUAUCCAGCUCGGACGAGAGUUUGUAGAGUUUCUUCAGCUGGCCAGCACUCCGUAUGCCAGUGCGAUCCAGGCUGGAUUGGCGAUGACUGCGGACGACUCGAUCUCGCGCCGGCCACACGCUGGACAGGCUACAACCACACCAACGCCACGCAGGCAGAGCACUGGGCUUCCAUACGGGAACUCGUCCUGGGGAGGCACCAUCAUGCAAGAUCCGACCGACCGCGGCCUGUUCCAUCUGUUCACCUCCCAGUUCAACCACGGCUGCGGCCUCUCAGGCUGGAGACCGCACUCGUUCAUCAUCAGGGCCGAGGAUAUCGCGGCCUUCAAGGCUCCCACCUAG